AUGCUGCUGUGCCGCAUCUCAGCAGUGAGCCAGACCGUAGCGAGAUGGGGACCGAGUGCCUGGAGUGGCGCCCUACUCCACCGCGCACUCUCCUUCAACACCAGCUCCUGUCAAAAUGUCAGCUCCACCGAAGGCACCGUUCAGUCUGCAGCCGCCCAGGGAGCGGGGCCCGUACUGUGAUAGUGUGUUGUUUCUCCGCACUGAAUUCCCCAUGAAACUAACCGGACAGAAACUCAUACAAUGACAUUCUAGAUGAUUAUGUGCUUCCAACUUUGUGGCAACAGUUUGGGGAAGGCCCUUUCCUGUUUCAGCAUGACAAUGCCCCCGUGCACAAAGUGAGGUCCAUACAGAAAUGGUUUGUCGAAAUCGGUGUGGAAGAACUUGACUGGCCUGCACAGAGCCCUGACCUCAACCCCAUUGAACACCUUUGGGAUGAAUUGGAACGCCGACUGCGAGCCAGGCCUAAUCGCCCAACAUCAGUGCCCGACCUCACUAAUGCUCUUGUGGAUGAAUGGAAGCAAGUCCCCGCAGCAAUGUUCCAACAUCUAGAGGAAAGCCUUCCCAGAAGAGUGGAGGCUGUUAUAGCAGCAAAGGGGGGACCAACUCCAUAUUACGGGCCAUGAUUUUGGAAUGAGAUGUUCGAAAGCGAGUGUCCACAUACUUUUGGUCAUAUAGUGUAGCUACUAGCUAGCUUACCAGUGAGCCACGUUUUGAAAGGGUGUGACCGAUUGCUAAGAAACGUGAGAUAAACUAACAAGACAUGUUUGCUACCCACUUCAGGACUAGCUAGUAUCAUUCUGGUUUGCUAGCUAGGCGUUUCUCCAUGAGACAGAGUGUCUGAGAUUGAGCUAUGUGCCUGUCUUAUGACUUCAGAUUUGACAGUCAGUGUAUUGAUUCUUCCUGUGUCUAGGAGUGUGGCUUUGCAGAGCUCUACUCAUGGCAGAGCGAGAGGAAGGCCAAGAAGGAAUGCUGUCUCCACGAUGGCCCCCCAUACGCCAAUGGGGACCCACAUGUGGGACAUGCCCUCAAUAAGGUACAGUAUGUUGUUAUCAAUGAAGCAACGAUGGGUAUAAACCCUGGAUGACUGAUAGGGGGCGCUGUAUUGAAGCCACCGCGCAGCCAUCUUGGUACUCCUCCUCAAUUGUAAAAAAGAUUUUGGAAGCUAUAGAAAUGCAUUUAUUAAUGUCUACAUUUGUUGUUGACACGUUUAUUCUAUUACAGACACCUUUAUGUAUACUUUUAAGUUAUAUUAUGUGAGCUAAACAUAAAAAUUAUAUAUAUAUAUAUAUAUAUAUAAAUGUUUUCCUUACUGGUUUUUUUGUGUACUAAUGUUACUGGCCCCACUACAACAAAAAAAUACUUAAAUACAUGUAAUUUUGUCCUUGAAAUAUUUAAUUGAAAUGGAGUAGAAUUCCGUUAAUUCCUCUAGAGGACUGCUCCUAUUAGGGAGUGCCAAUAUGGCCGACCGGUGGCUUCAAAGCCUCUCAAUGGCCAAUACAUAGCAUGCGCAAUCCAGGGUUUAUAUCCAUCAUUGGUUGUUAUUAACUAAUUACUGAGAAUCCAGCUGUGCAAUGUUUCUUAAGUGGACUUGAAACUAUAACAGAGAUUAGCCUAAUCAGUGGUCACUCAAUGUCAAAGCAGGGCUUUCACUAGGGCAAGUCAAAGCCCUAUCAAAAUGCUUCCUUAUGUUGUGUGUUCCAGAUUCUCAAAGACAUCCAGAACCGCUUUGAGAUGUUGAGGGGGAAGCAGGUCCACUAUGUCCCAGGCUGGGUGUAA